CGGCAGAGCCCCGCCGGCCCUCGGGACCCGCCCGCAGCCCGGCCCCGGGGCGCUGCUGCCCCUCUGCCCGCAGCGGUGCCCAUGGGCGCAGGACCAUGCCCGUGAGCGGGGCACGGAUCGCAGCGGGACGGGACAGCGGGGCUCUGUAGCCUUGUCCCCACCUCGGUAUCAUGACUGGAGAGACCCAGCAUGUUUACACCAUCGGCGAUACUGAGGCCGGCCCCAAAGAGCCCGACAAGGCCUUUGGCUGCGAAGGCUGCGGGGACAAGGAUGGGAGGGCGCCGGGCGGGGAGGGGACACCCCCUUUCCCCGGCCCCAAGGACAAGGAGCCCCACAGCCAGCGGGAAGCCGUGAUCCGGCCGCAGCAAGCGGGGAAGAUCGACUUCAAAUCGCUGCAGCGCAAGCCCAAAUUCGGCGGCAAUGACAGCACCUGGGGAGAGGUCAAGGGCAGCGCCCUGUCCCCGCCGGGGAAGGGGCGAGCCCGGGAGCGCAGCCGGCGCUCAGGGAAGGGUGAGCGGGGCCACCAGCAGCUCUACCGGCUCAGCAUCGCCGGCACCCGGCCCAGCCCCACCAUCGGCAUCGCCUACCCGCAGCAGAAGGUGACGCCCCCGAAGAAGCCGGAGGUGACCCCCGCGGGCGGCAGCUGCCGCUUCCAUGUGCCCGGCAUCGCCCGGCACGACGCCGAGCUCCGGCCGCAAGAAAUCGCCUUCGGCCGCUGCUUCCCCGACCCCGCCGGCGGCCGGACCCCCACCAGUUAUACCUCACAGCCCGGACCCUCCCUGGGCCCCAAGGGGCAGCCCCCCGCCGCCGGCAUCCCCCUCAAGAGCCCCGGCACCCAUGGGCAGCUACAUUAUUUGGAGUUCCAGGCAAACCGGGCCGAGUCCUGGCCUUCCCCGGAGAAAAGCUUCGCCGGUGCUACCUACGGGAUCUCGGUGCAGAAGCCCAGCUCUUUCUGCGAGGGUGGCAAAGCCGCUGUGCACGGCCUGGGGGCUUUGCCGUGCCAGUUCCCGUGCCAGCUGCGGCACGAGGCGGGCAAGGAGCCGCUCUGCAGCGGUGCGGCCGCCCAGGAGUACCUGGAGGUGGGAAUCGCCGCCACCGCCCAGCUGGCUUCCCCUGGUGCCUUCGCCUUCCACUCGUCCCCCAGAGAGUGGCCGGAGGAGCCGCUCGGGGCUGGGGGUUCCUACGAGAGCGUGGCCCCCGAGGGGCGGCUGUACGGGCUGCCCGUGCCCCCUCCGCCGCCGCCGCCCUUCCUGCACCCGCCGCCGCCGCCAGCGCUGCACCACGGCCCCUUGUCCUGCUGCAAGGGCAGGGCCGAGCAUCCCGCCGACCCCACUGGUGCUCUCCCGUCGUCUGGUGCUAUCGACCAAAACCCAAGCACUUUCCAAGAAAACCAAGCUGUUUUUCCGUCUAGUUUACACUCGCCUGCCGUGCCAAAGCCGGUGGGGAAGAGGCAAGGCUCGGCCAAGGAUGGCGUCCCCGGCCCGCGGCUGCUGGCGCAGAGCAGCCCCCUGAGAAGGACCGUGGCACCAAACUCCCUGUCCCAAGUGCACUUUCAGAGCAAGGCCUAUUGCAGCUCCCCCGCGGGCAGCGGCGGCGCGGGAGCCGUGCCUUUCGAGACGAGCGUUCCCACUACGGCACCCACCCACCCCCGGCUUGUGCAAGCUUGGGAAGGUGCCACGAAGGCGUUUUCUCCCAUGGACCAGAAUUCAGCACCUUAUUCAAACCCUGUUGGAAACCAGUUCUCAUUCGAGUGCCAGUCUGGCCCCGAGCAGAGGCAGCACAGGCAGAAAAAUGCCAGGCUGCCUUGGCAGCAGAUGCACCUCCCUUCUGCAGUGCCCGGUGCCAACAGGCUGGAGCUGUCGAGACACAUCAGCAGCCAGAAGCUCCCCUUCCCCCUGGGCACGUCGGACUGGCAGGGCAGCGGGAAAGCCCAGAAAGGGCCCCCCAUAAGCAAUUCUCCGGGGUAUCACAGCAAAAAGCUGUUAUCGGGAGAGAGCCUGCAGAGGGGAGAUCCCAGCGGGCCGGGAGCUUUUUCCUUUGAGAGUGGGAAGGAACCGGGGUCUCCUGCCUGCGACUCGAGAAGCAAAGCCCUGUUCUACGGUAUUGCUCAAGCAGCUCCUCCUCCUCCUCCCUCAAGGAGCUCGGCAGGCUCAGGGCUGGUCCUGCCACCGUCAGCCUUGGCAGCUGCCUCCCCUGGCGAGUCCCCGCUGCCGUCCCCUGUCCCCAACCCCACGUGUGGCAGCACCUGCUCGUCGCUGUCCCCCAUGUCCAGCAGCCCACUCAACCCCAGCUUUGAGGACAGCCAGAUGUCCGGAGCGCUGACCCCCUCGCCCUUCUUCCAGCACCCCUGCCACACCAAGGAUGCCAACAAAGCCUUCCACCCCUCCGAGGUUCUGAGUCCCAGCUCGCUUCAUUACCACCCCCCGGACUCUGUCAAGUCCUUCAGCUUCCCCGUGGAUGCUCUGAAAGAUGACAGCCUCCUGAAAUGUGGCCCGGGCAGCCCGUUCCACAAACCCGCCGGGGAGGCGGCCAAAGGAUGCUCGGACGGGCUGGACGGGGAGCAGCCCCCGCCGCCCUACUCCUCCCAUCACCUGCUGGCCUCCUCCCUGAGCAGCGCCAGCCUGGACCAGCUGGACGUGCUGCUGACCUGCAGACAAUGCGACCAGAACUACAGCAACCUGUCCUCCUUCCUGCAGCACCGCCAGUUCUGCGCCUCCCACCCCGCUGCCCAGGCAGAGCCCAGGGACGCUGCCCGGGCAGCCGAGGGGCGGAAAGCUCUCCCAGCAGAGCCUCCCAAACCCCCCGGCCUGGCGCUCUCUCCAGACCCCCAGGCACAUCUGUUGGCAUUGAACAAGAACGACGACUUCUUGCUGGACGGGGAAGGCAAAAGCGAGGGCAAGGAGGAUGCUCUGAAGGGCGGCCUCUUCCACGGCCUGGCCGCCAGCUCCCUCCCGCUCAGCGCCUCCGACCUGGACAUCGACGAUGCCAAGCUGGACAGCCUGAUCACCGAGGCCCUCAACGGCCUGGGGUACCAGUCGGACAACCCGGAGAUCGACAGCAGCUUCAUCGACGUGUUCGCUGACGAGGAGCUGCCGGGCGUGAAGGCGGCUGCCGGGGCCAUGGCCCACAAGGCCAAGGAGGGCCCGGCCUCGGAGAGCAAAUCCAAGCAGGCAGCGGAGGAGAAGGCAGCAGGAGAGGCCAAGGCUGGCUGUUUUUGUGAAGAUGGCCACCCAGGCGGGGAGCAGGUGAAGAGAGGGGCAGGAAAGCGGCACCUUCACAAAGGGAGGGUGGCACGGAGGGUGGCACCGCAGGAGCCGGAUCCCAUGGCAGAAGGAGCAGAGAGGACAGCCAGGCUGAGGGCAGGCAGGAAGAACAGCAUCCCACCAGCCAGCACCUCCAUCCAGAAACAUCCCAGGAAGCUCGGCCAAGACCCUCCGAUGAGGAGCGAGGUGGGGCCAGGCAUCGCCAGCAAGAGCUCCAAGCCACCGCGGUUCUCCAUGAAGGACAUGAAGAAGCGGAAGCCCCGGAGCGGGACGUGGAGCAAGGAGCUCAUCCACAAGAUCGUGCAGCAGAAGAACAAGCUCCACAAGCUGCAGGUGAAGAGCAGCAAGCAGGCCCACGUGCCCCAGGCCACCGAGAGGCCACUGGCAGCCACCAAGGAGGGCAGGCUGCGGGAAUACGACUACGUGUCCGACUCGGAUGAGGAGGGGGCAGAGUGCAGCAAGCCCCGGGGCAGGAAGAAGCGUGGCGUGGGAUUCGUGGGGAGGAGCAAGUACAGCUUCAGCAAGAAACGCCUGGGCAGAAGUAAGAGAGGCAGAGAGAAAGAUCCAGCCUGGAGCUACGGCCGGAAAAGGGACAGUCAGAAAAGGGAGGCGCAGGAGGACGGGGAUGUCCCGAGUCAGGAGGAUGCUGAGAAAGAGGAUUGUGCCGCCAGAGCCCGAAGGAGGAGCAGCCACUCAUCUGCUGGCAGCAACCACAGCGUGCCCAGAGAGAUGGGCACGAGCCCACCCCGCGCUGGUGGGGCUGGUGACAAGGGUGGCACCCAGAGGAGGAGGCGCUCAGGCAGCCCAGCCCGUGCGCCACGGACUCCCCUCAGCCCUCCCCAGCACAGCAGCCCAAGGACGAGCCAGGAGAGCAAAGAGGACAUUGCCAGGGGGAGCAGGAGGUUUGGCUCAGCCAAACCUUUGCUGGCAGGCUCCAGGACACGGCCGAGUACUGAACCAGAUGCUGCUGCCGUGGAUGGUGCAAAGGAGGAGCCGUCACCGCAGCCCCAGGAAAGGCAAAUGCUCGGCACGGCCAUCCCAGGGCAGAGCCCUGCCAGCUUCUCCUCUAAGGAGGGGGUGGAAGAGCCCAGAGGAGCAGCAAAGCUCCCGGGUGAGGCAGAAGAGCCCACCCUGCAGGCUCAGGGCUCUCCUGAGCUCACCGUGGACCACCAGAGGGACCAGUUUGCCCCUUUCCCAAGUGAAGGGCUGAAAUACCACACAGAGGAGGUGAUUGUCCCACCCCACAGCGGUAACAAAUCGAGUCCUGGCCGCGGGAGUGCCACCUGCUCGGAAGCAGGAAUCAAAUUCACCAAGGGCCAGGGGCUCUGUGAGAGUCACAAGGAUUAUCCCACACCUGCUCCCACCUACGGGGGAGAUGCAGUGGGAAUGAUGCUCACUGCCAAGACGCCCGAUCCGUAUGUCAGCGGUGACAACGCGUUUUUUGAUCCCAAAAGCCUUCCCGGUCACUACGAGGACAACUUGUUCCCAAAGCCCGCAGCGCUGGGCUCCUCCCACAUGGAUGACAUGUACCUAUGCCGGGAUGCCAUCAGCGCCAGCUCCUUCGAGCAGAAACGCUCCAGCAUCUCCCCUUUCGCCGCGGAGAUGCCGCAGGGCAAAGUGUCCUCCCCGCUCAGCUUUGACUCCUCGUCGAUAUUCGGCGAGCUGCCCGUCGCCGAGUUCGAUCCGUACGAGAGCAAGGACGGGUACGUGGCGGCGUUCCCCUGCCCCAGCAGCGCGCCCCGCAAGCCGCUGCCCUUCGAGCAGCCGUACCCACCCUUCCUGCCGGAGAAGGAAUGGUCCCUCAUGGAGGACGUGGCUCCCAUGCUGCCAGAAGACAUGACCCAGUUCCACAGCCUCUCCGUGGAGAAGCCACCAACCAAGAAAUUCCCCGGGGAAGGAGCUGUCCCCGGCAGCCAGCUCUCCCUGCCGCUGCCAGACCGGAUGGCGGAUUACAACGUCACCUUCAUGGGCAACAUUUCAGAUGACGAGCUGGAGAUCAAGCGCUUGGUCACGGAGCUGGAAAGCCAACUGCAAACCAGCAAGUUGGACACCGAGGUGUCGGUCACCCUCCAGAAAGCCGAGCCCUCCGUGGCUGUCCACCCGCGAGCACAGGAGGCCGAGAGGUUCCCAGUGCUCUCCCAGGGAGAGCCAGAGGCAGGCCAGGAGAAAGGGCUGUUCUUGGCAGCUGAGCUGGGCAGGUCGAGCCUCUGCGUGGAGGAGAGGCUGGCAGGGGACAAGUCAGACGUGGUGACUGCCCAUGAGGACUACGAGAGGCCCAGGGAGCCCUGGCCGUGCCCGCUGGAGCUGGGCUCGCUGGAAACUGGGAUGUGCGACCCAGCCCCGCUGGCCACAAACCAUUUCUGCACCAAAGACAGCAGUGAGCAACUCCAGGGAGCUGCAGCCACCGAGGAAAGAGACCUCAGGAAGAUGGAAAAUGGGUUUUCUUCCAGCAGGCUACCUGGCUCAAGCACAACUGACCAAACAGAGGCUCCCAUCUACGCCAGCCCUGUGACAAAAAACCCUCCUGUUGUCACCGACUCCGUGUUCCCCGAGACCAUGGGUGCAGCAGAAGUAACCAAAGACCCCCUGCCAUCCCUGCCAUGCCAGUGUGAUGCCAAGGGCUUCCCUGUGCUGGGGAAAGCAGACACGGAUCCUGCAGAGCUGGAGGAGUUUGAUGCCCAUCUUCCAAACCCUAAACCCCAAUUUGGGUUUCAGCAGGGUCCCACCCCAGCCUUGGAUCUUGCCUUUUCACCUCAUGUCAAAGAGGUCCCAGAUACAGAAGAAAAAACCUUAAGCAGGACUGAGCCCCCCAAAACAGUGAAAAAUGCUGUGGGUCUCCAAGGGGGUGGUGAUGGGCCUGCGCUGGUGGAGGAGACAGGGGAGAGGAGUCCCAACACCUAUCAAAGCCCUGGAGCCAGUGACAAAACCAGCAAGCCCAAAGUGCUGCUGUUUGAGAUGCUGAGUGUGCCCAAGGAGAGCAACCACCCUUCCCAGGAGAUGAUGGGGGCAUCCCAGGAGACCUCUGCCAACCCCCUGCAGCAGCUCCAGCUCUUCGUCGCCCGGACGGUGAAGAACAACGAGGAGGAGCUGUUGAUGCCCUGCUUCCCCGGGCUGCUGGCCCCCAGCCACCCCUGUGCCACCAGCCACAUCCAGACGGAGCACCAGGAGCGGAGCAGCGGUGCCUUGGAAGGAGCAGAUCAGACCCAAGGGGAAGGGGAUCUCCCCACUGGAAGCAGCACUGGAAAUAUCACUGCUCCAGGGAAAGAGGUGCUUUCUCCCAGUGGAUGUGAGCAGUUGGAGGUGUUGGACGCAGAGGGCUCUUACCGUGCAAAACAAUCCACGUCGGCAAAGCCGGAGCUGCAAAAUAAUGUAACAGAGCUGCAGCACUUAGCAAAUGAACCCCCAGGGCCGAGGGACAUUAAUAUCCCUGCAGAUGGUGUUUCCCAGGAGCGUAAUGACCUCUCACCACCCAACAGCACCGCGGCGACCUCGCUGCCAGGGCAGGGAAGGAAAGCUGAUCAGCUCAGGGAAGAGCAGGAGGGAGAUAACAACACGACGACCUUGGCAUUUAGGAAACACGAGCAAUCCCACCCCAGCCGUGGUUUGCUCCAGGAAGAAAUGCUGGGCAGAGAAGAGGGAGAGAGGCUGGAAAGGAGUUGGGUGGGGAAGGGGGCACAGCACCCGGGUACUGCUCCAACGAGUCCUGUCGGCCCCUUUGGUCCCUCUGAGGGGGAUCUCCACCAGGAUCACAGCUUGGGGAUGGAGAUAAAAGCCAGCACGGUCAGUGCAGAUGUUCCCAGAGAAGGGAAUGGCAAGUUGUCCCUCCAUGGCUGUGAUUACACAGGUGAAUCCCCAGCCAGCCUGCUCUCACCAGCCAAAUAUUCUGACCUCAAAUGCUUGCAGAGCAGUGGGGCCGAGGGGGGAGAGGUCCCCAGUUUAGGCACUCAGCUCCCGGGUGAGAAGGAAUACAGCUCCUCCCUGCCUGCCACACCAAGCUCAUUCAUCACAAAGAGUUGUUUUCCUGAGGCCAGCAGCCAUCACAUCCAUCACACCGUGAGCCCAGCAGAGCAGGGGACAUGGGAAGGGACACCUGCCUUCCCUCCCUCGCUGCAUCACUGCGGGGCUGUGCCGAUGGAAGCGGCUGAGGAGCGUCCUCAUCACCUCCCUGAUGGUGUUUUGGGCAGCUAUGGAUCACCUGGAAGAGAGGGGACAGUGAGACCCUGCGCUCUGCUGCACGGUGAUGCUCUGGUGGGCUCUGCCUUGGAGAUGGGUGGUCCCCAGGUACCUCCUGGGAAAGAUUGUUCUCUUCCCUGCUCGCCGCCUUUCCACCAAAAGGGUGUUGGGAAGGAGGUCCCCGAAAACACCGGUGCUGUGCUGCCGGAUUUUAAAGAAAACCAAGGGUGUGCCAUCACAGACAUGGUUAACUCCACCCCUCCAGAAACCCAGGACUAUCCAACCCAGCCCAGAGCAGAUCUUCUGCUCCUGGAAGGAAGGGAGGUCAACCUGAACCAGGAGAACAAGCUUGAAAACUCCUCCCGUGUCGGGAAUAAGCAUCAAAGUGAACCAGAGGCUUUGUGCAAUGGUUUUGCUGUUCAGGACGUGUCAGCUGCCAUCAGCAGAGGUCUUACAAGGAUUGGAGAUCUUGAUCCUGCUGAGUUAAAUGGCCAUGAGUUUUCAGGGGCAGCAGAGGUGAGACUUGUUCUUUCCAAAACUACAGAGAGUGAAGGAAAGUGUUUGAAAGGGGAGAAAUCCAAAAGCCAUGGGGCUGCAGAAGCUGGGGGUUGUGUGUUAAACAGUGUGGGCCAAGGAGAGGACUACACACCCGGCGGUACUCCAGACCCAUCCCAAAAUGAACUCCACAAAGGAAAAAAGCCCAGUGUGCUCCCAGUGACCUGUGACAUUUGCUCAGCCACUUUCCGCUCCAAGCCCGGCCUGACCAGGCACAAAGCUGUCAAGCACCAGGUGAAGAACGGGGGUUUGCCACAGCCCAGCAAGACUCCCAGGUCCCCUCUGAUUCCUGCACACAGGACAUCAAAAACAGCCCCAAAGGUGCCCAGGAGGAGCCUGAAGGCGUCGGUCAAAGACAAAACCUGCAGCUCACAGGCGCUGACCUCCACCGUUGAACGCAUUCCCAAGAAAAUACUCCCAGAGCUGGAGAAAGAGCCCAGCACGCAGAUGCAGGAGGUGGUCAGCAGAGUGCUCAGCGACCUCAGUGUGAUCUCCUUGGAGAUGUCCCAGGAGCUGCGCCGCACACAUGUCCUGCAGAGGGAGGUGAAGGCAAAGGGAGCGCGCCCGGAGAUGAGGGGAUCAGGAGAGGCAGCGUCUGGGAAGCUGGACUCGGGAUGGCAGGUCAGGAAAGGGGAAAAGGGCAGAAGGAGCCAAAGCAAAGAUCCUGAUGAGGAGAACAGCAGUUCUGAGAAGCAGCUCAACAGGAAAGUGAGGCGAAGGAAAGCGAAGGUGUUUCCCAGCAGGAAUGAGCCCGAUGGUCCCUGUGAGCAGGAGAAGAGCACAGGUCCUGCUGCCCUCAGCUCCAGCCUGCCCGGGAUCAUGGGGGGCUUGCACGAGCCAGAUGGUGGCAUCUCCUCAGAGGAGCACAGCAGGACCAGCACAGCCCAGCACCCCCAAAAAACCAAAGAGUCCUCUUGUGCAGCCGAGCUUGAGGAAGACCUGGGCAGCAGGAUGGGGUCUCUAAAGGAGAUGAUCAGCAAGGAGACAGCCACGGGCAGCUGUCCUGGGGAGGUGGAAGAUCCAGAUGCAGUGGAAGACACGCAGGCUUGCAAACAAUGGAUCAGUGGGUUUGUGGAGCAAGUGGCAAAGGGAUGGGGCAAGGUGGGCACAGAGCAGCAUGGUGGUGCUGAUGGCACAGAGGACAUGGGUGCUGGGACAGGGGACAGUCCUGUGGCAGGCAGUGACACCAGGACCUGGAGUGGUGCCCUGCAGGGUCCCACAGCUCCUGCCAAAGGGGCUUUGCUGCUGGAGAACCGUGAUUUGGGAACCACCCAGAAUGUUUCUGGGCAUGGUGCUCUGCAGACCACGCCAGGGACCAGCCCUCCUCCUGCAGAUCCAAAGCGGUGGGUGAAGGCAGAUGUGCCACCAGGCAGGGAGCACUGCGGGGACAGCACGGCCACCUCAGACCUCCAGAGCUUUUUCGACGAUGAUUCCACCUUCUCCCAGCUGUUCCCCAGGGACGACCAGUUUGUCCGGAGGAAGUGUACACGGGUGUAUGGGAAGCGCAGCAAGAAACCCAAACCUGCCCCCGAGGUCAGCCCGCAGCCAGCAGGGCCCAUGGACCUCUUCACCAUCCGCCUGACUUCUGACCUCAGCGACACCAGCUCCUUCUGUGUCACCAGGGAGGACCCCUGCGAGUACGAGACCAUCUCCGUUGACGACACCCUGAUGCUGAACAUGUGUCAUGGCAGCAAGGCAAAGAGCGGAGAUGCUGCUGCAGAUGGAUCUAAAAGCAUCGAGCUGAGGUUGGACCAGGAGGAGACCGACCAAGGGAAGGAGGACAUUGACCUGGAGGACAACAUGCUGACCUUCUUGUGCCAAAACAGCCACGGGGACAACGUCCCCAGCUUGAACAUCUGGGGCAGUCUGGAGAAGGAGGGGGAAAGCCUCUCUGCCGAGGACAUGUUUGAGCCUCUGAUGGACCUUGAGGAUGAGCACUCGCUCCAAGAAGUGAACUCCGAGCCCCCUGACCUGGCAGAGGAGUCCUACAAUGCCAAAGAUAAUGGGGAUUCGGACUCCCCCGAAUUUCACACCAUUGACAUUGAGAUGCUCAAUGCAAAGCUGAAAAUGAGAGACAUGUGCUUCUUCAGCCCUUGCGAGGAUCUUCCUGGCCACGGCGAGGACAAUGCUGUGAGUUUGAAGCCGAAGUCGGGCAAGCACAGGAGCAAGCUGGAAGAUGGGAAACUGGGGAAAAACCGCGGGGACAUAACCAUCAAAACCAAAGACAAGCAGUACAAAUGCAAAGUCUGCUUCCAGUGGUUCCUGACGCUGGGGGAGCUGGACUUCCACAAGCUCUCCCACAACCCUUCCCCUCCUCCCACCUGCUACAUGUGUGUGCAGCGCAAAUUCAGCUCCCGGGAGCAGCUCCGGGACCACCUGAAGGAGAAGCACACCAGGAACAAAGCCGGGCUGUGGGCGUGCGGGAUGUGCCUGAAGGAGAUCUCCGACGUCUGGAUGUACAACGAGCACCUGCGGGAGCACGCCACGCAGUUCGCACGCAAGGGGCAGGCGCAGAAGUCGGUGAUGGGCCUGCCGGGAUGCUUUGAGGACAACGCCGCCGUCACCCACUUCCUCAACACCAUCAUGUGUCGGAAACCCAGCAGGUCCUCCCGGCACGGCGACGCCAGCGGCCGGCAUGGGGUCAGCAGAGAGAGCAAGAGCCCCAAGGAGCUGCCCCUUGAGCAGGAGAAGGUGGUGAAAGACCCCUUGGAAAGCGGCGUCAAAGUGAAGGUGCCUGCACCCAGCUCCUCCAAAGCAUCCUCCAGCCCAUCGCCAGAGCACAUGGCAAAAAGUGAAAGCACCCCAAAAUCUGUCCCCAUGCACCCAGACUGCAAGGAUCCUUCCCGGGACUGCCAUCACUGUGGCAAACAGUUCCCCAAACCCUUCAAGCUCCAGCGGCACUUGGUGGUGCACAGCUUGCAGAAGAUUUACUUGUGCCACAAGUGCCCCAUGUUCUACCAGGAGACCAAAGAGCUCCGGAGCCACCUGAGCCAGGAGCAUGGCGUGGUGGAGGAGCAGGAGAUCAAGCACACCACCCUGUACGCCUGCGAGCUCUGCGCCGACGUCAUGCACGUCAUCAAGAAGUCCUUCAUCUGCAGCAUGUGCAACUACACCUUCUCCAAGAAGGAGCAGUACGACCGGCACAUGGAGAAGCACCUGGCGGGCAGCAGCAAGACUUUCAAAUUCCGAGGGGUCAUGAGGCCUGGCGCUGCCUGCAGGGAGGGCAGGGAGAAGGUGAAGGAGGACAGAUCUCUACGGGAGGGAGUGCCACCGAGCAAGAAGCGGAAGGUGGCUCACCAUGGCAGCUCAAUCCCACAGAGGUCACCAGUCCAUCUAGACCCCACGAGUGACCUUCAGCUGGUAGAAGCUGGGAACUCCAGCCUGCAGGUUCCCACUGACUCCUUCCCAACAGCACCUGGUGACCUGGGAGCACCCCAGCCCUCCGUGAAAGCAGAAGUCCUGGUGGGUGAUAUCUCUGAGCUCCUAGCAGACAUGGAGAAGUCCCCAUUUGACCCCUUGCCACCGCCACCCUGCCUGUCUCCACCUCUGCCACCAGCUGCUGCAGGCAGCCCCGAGCUCUGCCACAUCGCUGGCCUGUCCAUCGAGGAGCUGGAGAAAGGAGCUUUUGAUGGGAAGCCACUUCCUUUCUUGGACUCGCCUGAGUUUCCCAUGGACCUUGCUGGCUUGGCUUGUCACCAUGGCACCAACCAAAAACUGUCCCCUCCCCUCCUGACACAGAGACAUGGCUGUGCCGACGCCCAUAAAACAACAAGCACAGGCAACAAAGAUGAAUACAGGGCCUGUAUCCUGGAAGAUCCCGGCGCGGACGCCAACGCCGUGGCAGGGAUCCCCUUUCUCCAACUUGCCAAGAAGGUCUCAGAGCUUCCUUCCCCUAAGGCAGAGCCUCCACAAGCCACAGACACCCACAAAUGGGGCAGCCCCAGUGCCAGUGAUGCCUCUGCCUGGGAAGGUGCAGCUAAGCCGGUGUCUCCAGAAGGUGCCCACCAGCCCCUGGCCCCAAAGGACAAGACAGCAUCGCCCACACUCAGCAGAGCUUCCAAAGAUUCAGUGCCACCAAAGAAGAUCGUGGGUAGUGAGGCUGCUCCCAGUGUGGGCAGCCCCGAGGAGGGUCAGCCCAUCUCAGGGAAGGAGAAAUCCGUGCCUGAAGCUAAGGACAGUAGCGCUAACGCCAAGGACCAAGGGGGCAACCCAGGCAAAUCCAGCGGCCACCAGCCCAGAGAUGAGGUGGCCAGCAACACCACGAGACAUGGCCACGCGGAGCCAGGCAGAGCCACCAGCAAGCUUCACCCCAAGAGAAAGAAAGAACACAAGUCCUUGAGCCACCGCAGCAGCUCCGGCUCGCGGGAGAACAUGGAAGGAGACGGGAAGAAGAAGAAAACCCGGCCACCGUGCCCAACCAGGAGCGAAAGCACCGCUGAGCUCAAACGUGGCAGUUGGAGCAACGCCGAGGCGCCCACCCUGUCCCCCAGCAGGAGGGACACGCACUGCACCAAGCUGGGACCCAAGCCCAGAACGGGCCCCCAGCUGAAGAAGAUGGUCCUGGACUCUUACAACCAGAAGAAAGGGGAGCUCCGCCACGCCAACGGGGACGUGAAGCGCAGGAAGGCCAUUCUGGGCAAGAGCCUCCACCAAGUGUUGGCCAAGGGGCCGGCACCGUCCCCGCGUGGCUCCUGGCACGGCCCCCGCGCCGCCCGUGGGGCCAAGGCGGCCGGCCCGGCCAGCUACCGCAGCGCCGAGUCCCAGAACAACCUGCUCAGCCAACUCUUUGGGCAAAAAUUAACCAGCUUUAAAAUUCCUUUAAGAAGAGAUGCUUCAGAAUAAUUUAUGGAAGUGACUUAUGGUGAUCCUCAGCUGCUUUCAUGGGGUUUGCAAGGGAAAAAUUAUCAAAGCAUUAAAUUCGUUUGUGUAGCAUGAUUUCUCUGUCUAGCUUAAAUGAACUUGCACUGCAGCCUCUGUGAAAUAGUUUGCUUUGUGUCUACUAAUCUACUUUAAUUCACCUGAUUUAUCAUGCAAAUGCUAGAACUUUGAUGUUGCUGAUGAUUUUCAUGAACUGAAAUUGUAAUCGCUUUGGGCAGACUGAAUCGUCGAGAGCAAUUGCUUUAUUGCAGAAGUGCUGAGGUUAUAAGGAUACUUGCAAAUCUCAGACCCUUUUGAGUCUGUGUCUGUGUUAUCUUUGUACAAAGUACUUGAAGAGAUGAACUUCAUUCCGUAGACGUCUUAUUCAUAAGGUGCAGUACACUGUAGAAAGCAAAUUUUUUUUUUUUUUUGGAAGAUUUUGCACAAAUAAUCCUGUACAAUUCAUUUAAUUGGGAGCUGGCCUAAGCGAUGAUACAAUUAAAAAAUUAAAUUAAGACCCAAGUGUCCUAUAUUUUGACAGCCAUCCCUAAGAAUUUUGUUUCUACAUCGUCAAGAGAAGAACGACCCAGCUCUGGGGUUCUGGGGCUGUCGGAGCCUCCAGAGGAUGCUGCCACUCUUUGACCACUGUAGACGAUGGGACUGGAGGAGAAACGUCCCCACAAGCAAACUGCACCUUGACACUUGUGACAAACUCUGAUUUUUUAGGGUUUUUUGGGGUUUGGGGUUUUUUUGUGUGUGAGUGUGCGCAUGUGUGGUUUUUUCUUUUUGUUUGUGGGUUUGGUUUUUUUUGUGCAACGAGAAAACUGUGCCAAUUUACCGCAGCGAAAACCGGUACUGUCCGAGUGCCCUCAACGGUAUCACUUCUAAACUCUCUUACUGUAUUGACGUAGUGGCUCUAUAGGUAUCCGCUUGUACUAUGCAGUUACUGGUGCUAUUCUUCAUUUGUAAUGUGAAUACAGACUUCCUUGAUUGAAAAAAAAAGGGGAAUUGGUAGGGAGAAGCGAUUAUCUGUCCAAAAAACGGAGCAGGAAAAGAGAAUUUUUAAAAAAAUAGCCAACUCGAGGGGAAAAACAUUCAGCUUUAGGGAAAAAAAUUAACUUUAGGGGGGAAAUACAACUUAGGGAAAAAAUGCAACUUUAGGAAAAAUACAACUUUAGGGGAAAAAACACAACUUUAGGGAAAAAGCUCCUCUGUGCUGGUACUCCAUAGUGUGGAAAAAGUUACGUCACAUUAAACGAGCACGUUCUACAACCGAACUUUUGGGUCCAGAAAGAAAUCUCAGGUGCAAAUGAGGACAUGGAAAGAUUUUAUUGAAAUACUCCCAAGUCAAGGAGGUGAAGUAAUGCACUGAUGUGAUAUGAACAGUCAGAGUACUUUGCGUCUGUCCUGCAAUGAUUUUUUUGUUUUGUUUUAGAGUUAAAAGGAAAAAAAAAAAAAAGAGGCUUUAUUCUGUUAAUAUGUAUCUUUACAAUUCUUUGUAUUGUAUAAAAAACUAUUGUAGGUAAUUUACCUUGGGUGCAAUGUGUUCUGUCAAAAGUUUUUAUUUUGAUAUUUUGUCCAGAGAAGCAGAGAGAGAGCAGGAAACGCCGUUUUAUGAUGUUGUCCGUGUGCUUUUAAAGUGCCUCUUUAAUAUUGUUAAAUAAAGUAUGAGAUAAAAAUAUGGGGUGGUACUGUAAAGUCAUCCAUGAUUAAUCUUUUCAAAUAUAUUCCAAUAUUUUCACAGAAA